AUGGAGGAACUGGCAAGAGAGAGCAUCAGCUUGCUGGCCAAGCCAGGUGCGGAAUGUGGGACCCCCAAUUUAUCUUCCAUGGGAGCCAUAUUUAUUAUGUUGAAGUCUGCGUUGGGGGCUGGACUCCUUAACUUUCCAUGGGCAUUCAACAAAGCAGGUGGGAUGCACACAGCUCUGAUGGUGGAACUGGGUUCCCUCAUCUUUCUGAUUAGCGGGCUGGUAAUCCUUGGAUACGCAUCAUCCAUCAGCAAUCAGUCUACAUAUCAAGGUGUGGUCAGAGAUAUUUGUGGCCCGGCUAUUGGAAAACUAUGCGGAAUCUGCUUCAUAUUCAACCUCUUCAUGAUUUCUAUAGCCUUUCUCCGGGUUGUAGAGGACCAGCUGGUGAAACUAUGUGACUCUUUUCAUGUAAAUGGGACCACGGGUGCCAUGGGGGAAAGCUUUCGACCAUGGUAUGCUGAUGAAAGGUUAUCCAUGAGUAUCCUCUGUCUGGUAGUAAUCCUUCCACUCUCCAUUCCUAAGGAAAUCAGUUUUCAAAAAUAUACAAGUAUUCUCGGGACACUGGCUGCAUGUUACCUGACUGUGGCGAUCAUUCUGAGGUAUUACAUGACAGAUCAUAAUGUCUUCCAUAAACGUGAAUAUUCUUCUAGCGCUACUUCUUUGGCUUCAAUGUUCAGCGUGAUCCCUACUAUCUGCUUUGGCUUUCAGUGCCAUGAAGCUUGUAUAACUAUCUACAGCAGUAUGAAGAACAAAGGUCUAUCAAACUGGGUCAUGGUGUCUGUGGUGUCCAUGUUGAUCUGUCUGCUCAUUUACUCUCUAACAGGCAUCUAUGGGUUCCUUACAUUUGGGGAAAAUGUAGCAGCUGACAUCCUGAUGUCCUACCCAGGGAAUGACGCUGUUCUCAUAGUAGCCAGACUACUGUUUGCCAUCUCCAUUAUCACCAUCUACCCAAUCAUACUUCUACUGGGAAGAUCGGUCCUUCUAGAAGCUUGGAUGGAUCACAAAUACAUGACUGCAUAUGUAACCGCUUCCUAUGAACGCAUUGUGCGAGUCACACUGACUGUACUCUGGAUCCUGGUUACGCUCAUCAUUGCUUUGUUUGUUCCGGACAUCAGCGAGAUCAUCUCAGUCAUAGGGGGAAUCAGUGCUUUCUUCAUCUUCGUCUUUCCAGGACUUUGUCUGAUUUGUGCUUUGGAAACCGAAGUAAUGGAAAAGAGGAAAAAAUCAUGCCUCAUUGCCUGGGGGAUCAUCUCUGUUCUCUGUGGAGCCUUCAUAUUCGGGCAGAGCACGACCAUUGCUGUUAUGGAACUCUGGCAUAAGUUCUGAGAUGCCGUGCCUGAG